GCUGAUGUUGUUUUUGAACUUAUCAACACGCCGAUCACUUGCGACAGUUUCCGCUUUGCCUCAGAUAUGUAGGUACAUAUAUAUACACAGGACCUAAUUGCCCCGCACCCAGUUACAGUUACAGUUUCACUUCCAUUCCCACAACCAGCGAACGAACCCUCCAUCCAAACUCAAACUCAAAACCCAUCAACCAAACCCAAAGCGAAACCCCCGCUCAAGGUGAGCAAUGUAAAAACUUCCUGUGCACUCAUUUAG